GCUUAUUGAUCAUCAUAAUCACAAGCUAUAUCAUCUUCAUUAUUAUCUAUCAACAUUAUCGCAAAUUUUAAUUAUCGCUAAUAAUCAUGAUCAUCAUUAUGAUCUUUAAUCUGGAAAGUUCGUUGGGUUUCCUGUGGUACUUGUAAAUGAAGCAGCAGUAUUACUGGUCAGCAGACACUCAGCGUAAUGUUGUUAUGUAAUGGCGUCUCUUUGAUUGGAGUUAUUUUCCUUUAUUACAUCCGAUUUUUCUAGCAGCUUUAGCAUUUUUUUAGAUAUAUAAUUUGUCAGAAAAACCAUUUACAGUGUCUUCUAGCGAUGUAUCGAGUUGGCCGUAAGAUCAAGGCAGUCACUCCACUGAUUUCUUAUGUUCAAAGAAUAACACCUAUUUCACCCCGAUACAAAUCUACCAUCACUCAAGGUCCUCUGCAUUUAUACAACUCACACCUGGAAAAGAAAGUAUUGAAACCUGAUGCUUGUCAACUACGAGCUGUUUCAAAGCUACAGGAUCUUUACGAACGAGUUAAGGACUACAAUCCAAUGGAUAGACCCGAGAGUACAGUGACAGAGACAUCUGAACCAGGUAGUAAUGUUCCCAAAGGUCUAUACCUCUAUGGUGGUGUUGGUACAGGCAAGACAGUUCUGAUGGACAUGUUCUAUGAAUCGGUACCAACAAAGCACAAGAAGCGUGUACAUUUUUACAGCUUCAUGCUCCAGCUGUAUUCCGAGAUAAAUCAUUGGAACCUCUGCUGCCCAGAUGACAAGAGCACAUUUGAUACAACACCAAUACAUAAUCUAGCAGAUAAGUUAACUAGCGAAGCCUGGCUACUCUGUUUUGAUGAAAUGCAAGUUACUGACUACGGCUCUGUUCGUCUUCUUGAAGGAAUAUUCCAAAACAUGUUUGAUAGAGGUCUUGUUGUUGUGGCAACAUCUAAUCGAUCACCUACUGACCUUGGUGCAUCCUCAUUUGGUCGAGAGACUGAGGCAAAAGCAUCUGUGAUGUCACUGAUGGGUUUAUUGAAUGACAACUGUGAACAGGUUGCUAUGGAGUCUGGAAUGGAUUACAGAAAUACCCAGAAAAGAGGCAAGGCAACCUACUUUUUUCCUACAGAUUCACGAACUGAGAAACUCUUCAACCAAGCUUUCUGUGACGCAGUUGGCCCAGAUACUAAACUGACACGAACAGCAUUACAGGUUUAUGGCCGCAAUGUUGUCGUGCCGAUAGCUUCAGUCAAUGGUGUGGCAAGGUUUACCUUUGAAGAACUUUGCCGGUCACCUCUUGGACCAGCUGAUUACAUCACAAUAUGUAAUCAUUACCAUACCGUAUUUGUGGAAAAUAUACCACGAAUGAGUAUAUACCAGAAGAAUGAAGCACGCAGGUUUUUAAGUUUAGUGGAUGCCGCAUAUGAAAGCAGAGUAAAGUUCUAUUGUUCUGCAGCUAGUAAACCCGAGGAAUUGUUUCAGCUUAUACCGAAGGAAGACGAGAGGCCUACAUAUAAUGACAAAAUGCAUUUAGAGAUGAUAGGAGAAAUGGCUUAUGAUUUAGAACUUACUCAGCUUGAUCUAAGAUCUCUUGGGAUCUUAACCGGGGAGGAUGAGAUCUUUUCCUUUAAGCGUUGUAUAUCACGUUUAAAUGAAAUGCAGUGUGAGCCUUACCAAGUUUCUAGUCAUAUACCUCAGUUAUUUGUUCCUUAUGUUGGCACGAUAGAAGAGAGGCAAGGAUCUGAGCAAAGAAGGCGUACUCGAGAACACAAGAGAAGAGAAUAUCUUCUUGAAAAGGAAGAGAAAUCUAAAGAACAGGGUUCACAGGAUCUCCCUUUAACACCUCUCACGGCACCAUCUUCAGACUGGGGAGAUGAAGCCAGCUACCAGGCAUGGAGCAAUGAUAUAAUGAGGAAGGAGCUUCGUGAUUUGGAAAUAGAAAAAAAUGACAAAGGACGGACAAUCCGCAGGGAUCCACCGAAGUUUAAUGAGGAACACUUCUGGGGUUUCGGUUGGUGGGAAAAAUUGGUCGGUCCAAGGAAGGAUAAAACGGAUAAAUAAUAUUAAUUUGAACUUAAUUUUGUGGAAAGGUUAAAUA